AGUUUUAGCCGAAACUUUAUACAGGACACACUGUUUUGGUUUAAUCCGUAAAUUAAAUGAUUGUGUAAUUUGUAGAGAGACAGCUUAAUGAGUUGAUAUCCAUAUGGAAUCUAAUAAGGAUUACGUCAUCGAUGCAAGAACUCUUGAGUGUUCUGUAUGUUUAGAUAUUUGGUUAAAUAAAGAUCCGAGAGUUCUACCUUGUCAACAUAUAUUCUGUCACGAGUGUCUUUUGAAGAUAUCUCGUGGAAAGUUUAUCAAGUGUCCAAACUGUAGAGCAAAGACAAAGCUUUCAAAAGAUGGCGUUAAUGGUCUACCAAAAAGUUUAAUAAAAGCAUCAAUAAACGAUCAGCGCACUGAUAAAGAAAUGUGUAAGAAACACAAUAAUUUAGUUAUGAAACCAAACUUGUUAUGUUUGACUUGUAAAGCUGAGCAACUUUGUUCGAAAUGUAUCGAUUACGAUCAUGGUGAAGAUAGUUGUAAAAUUCGUACUUUAAAUCAAAUAUUUGAAAAAUCCCAAGUAAUAAGGAGAAAACAAGAGGAUGAAAUGGAAAAGUAUAAGAAGAUGAUGGAAAUUGAAAUUGCUGAUCUUUUUAAAUCAUUCUCAGAGUAUGUGAAUAAUUGCGAAAUUCAAUUGCAAGCUGAAUUAUGUCAACUCAACCAAAGUCUAAUUCAGUUUGCUGCUGAUAAAAGAAAAAUUUUCGAUAGUAUCAGAGAUACAUUAAAGAGUCCAUUUUUCGAUGAAAAGCAAACGCAAGAUUCGCUUGAGAAGUUAAUGGCUACGAGGGCGAUAUUUCAAGGACCACCAGAAGUUUCUGUAAACAGUCAUCUCCACUACACAGAUAACACUAAAAAACAAUCACUUUACAAGAAGAAUGCAAAUAAAAAUACUAUAAAAGAGGGAGGAGGAGGAGGAGGAGGAGGUGGUGGUGGAGGAGGAGAUACCUUAGUUGAAGACCUUACUUUGUACUGCAUAGCUAAGAACUUUGAAACUCAUUUCUAUGCUAAGAAAUUACUCUUUAGACAUAGAGUUAUAUGCUCGUAUAUUGUGGAGAAAAUCUUGAAGGAGAUAGAUGAUUAUUAUAUUGGAAUACCUCAACAAUUCUUAAAGGUGUUUAAUAGAGACACAUGUUGGCUACAUAAUGUUGACCUGAAUGGACAUAGAAUAACUAAAAAGACUGCAGUAAAUUUCCUCAAUGGACAUCCGCUAAAGUCUAUUCGUAUACGUCAUUUACAGAGUAUAAAGCUAAAUCAUUGGCUAUCUAUAAUUAACGCAAAAAAAUUGGAAGAACUUUGCGUUAAAGGUUGUCUAGUUACAACUACUUCCACUUCUUUUGCAUCUUUUUCUUCUUCCGCUCCCUAUACUCCACGUUCUCCUCCCAUUCCUUCUACAAAAUCUUCAUGCAAUAAUACAAAAGAUAAAAUAGAUUCUGUUAAACCUAUUACGAAAUUUAAACAUUUAGUUAAAUUAGAUAUCUCUUCAACGAAAUUAAGUAACUUGCAAUUGAAAUAUUUAUCUCAUAAAUUAAAGAAUAUUCAAGAGUUAAAUAUAUCUGAAACUUGCGUAUCGAAUCUUGGAUUGUUGAAAAAAUUUACAAAGCUUACAGUUCUCGAUUGCUCUUAUCCAGUUGACGAAAAGCUAUUAUUAACAGUUCCAUCUUUAAUUCUAUUAUUAAAUUUAAAGUCAAUCAAAAUAGCAAGACAUUCAGCUUACAAGAAUACUUUACCUUCUGAAUACUUUAAAAGAAAUGGAGAAUAUUAUUUUACAGACUUUUUGUUAAGAGAAGCCGAAUGGAAGGAUUUAAAGUAUUUUGAUAUGUCUGGUUGGAUUCUUCCAAUAGAUUCACUAAAGUUCUUUGUACAGAGACACAACAAGUUGAGUUUUUUGGGUUUAUUCAAGACGAAUAUUGAUUUUGAUCGAAAUCUAAAGUUUCAAGAAAAUGAUAUAUUUGAAUUAACAGGAUUAUCAAGUAUUGAAUUUAUGACUGAUUUGAAUCAUAUAGCAACUAGAUAUGAUAAAUAUUUGGGUCACGAUAAUCUACUGGAAACUUUGAAAACAACCGAUUUAAAUACAAUUCCUGGUUAUGUUAAAUCUAGAAUAUUUGAGGUUAUAAGUGAAAUAUUUGUAUUUUACACUCAUGCUUCAUUCUGUAAACGAGAAUUAAAGUACGAUCUGAACUUGUGCGGAAUUGUUUUAACUAAAUUCCUAGAUUAUAAAUCGGAUAGUUUUUGGAGAAUAUUCAAAUUAGUCCCUCAAAUUAUUAAAAGAAGCGAAAUGAUAACUCCAUGGAAUUCUGGUAUUUUUUCGUUACUUCUAAUCAAUUUUCACUUGUAUAAAAUGCUAAUGAAUAGAUCAGGUUUAAUACGUUAUUUGUUUAAUUUCAAAAAGAUAUUUGAUGGAAGAAGUUAUAGAAAGAUUAUUUGGAAGUUGUUGAAAAGUGUUGAUGUUGAAACUCUAUCGAAAAAUGAAUAUCAUAGUUUGGCUAAGUGUUUUAUGGUUAAUUAUAAAUGUUUUAAACUGGAAGAGGGUUAUCAAGCUCAAGAAACGGAAUAUUUAUACGACAAAAAUAUUCGAUUAUUUUUUCAUAACCAAGUCAUAUCCGAUACUGAACCAAAAAUGGCGAAUCAUCCAAGUUUAGAAAAGAUGGCUCUAUUUAGUAUUGUUAGAAAUUUCGAAGUUAAUUUCUUAAAUGGGGAAGUUUUCAAGAAACAUGGAAUUAUUAAUUAUAUUUACGCUGAAAAAAUAUUUGACGAAAUUAACCAUAUCUAUAUUGAAUUUCCCGAGCGUUUCUUGAAAUUAUUUAGCAAGAUGUAUUGCGAUUUAAUAAAUAUUAGGUUAAAUGGGAAUAGCGUUACUUACUUGCAUUCAAUGAAUUUUUUAAAGGGUCACCUUGUUGAAAGAUUGAAGGUCACAUAUUUAAUUAGUUGGAAAGUUGGUGAAUGGAUGGGAUAUUUAGACGGUAGUCAGUUAAAAGAGCUUUCAUUAAGAGGAUGUCGCUUUACGGAUGAUAAUGAUGGAGAUAGAAAUGGGCAAGAUAUAUCAGAUAUAAGAAACUUGUGUUUUUUUAAACAAUUAGUAAAGUUGGAUUUAUCUUGUACGGAUAUUUCUAAUACACAUUUGCAUACUAUGUCAUAUGAAUUAGCUUCGAAGGUCGAAGAUUUAAAUAUAUCUGAAACGUCUAUCAGCGAUCUCAGGGUUCUUUUGGCAUUUUCCUACUUGAAGGUACUAGAUUGUUCUUAUCCUAGAAAGUCAAAGGUUUAUGGUUCCUAUUUCGCCCUGUUAAAGAUGACAAAUCUAACAAAAUUAAAUAUCUCAAAGUUUGGCUGCGACAAAAAAACUAAUUCAGAUAGAGAUAAUUUACGUUCCUUAAAAAAUUACAACACAUCUGAUGAUCAAUUAUGGACUAUUAAUAGUCUUCUCGAAGAAGCUGAUUGGCGAGAUAUAACGCAUCUUGAUCUAUCAGGAUGGAGAGUUAGGCCAGAUAUUAUUAAACGAUUUAUUAAAAAAUAUGAUAAUUUAGAGUUUAUUGGCCUAUUUGGAAAAUAUCAAGAAUCUUACAAAAGUUUGAACGUUCGGGGUAAAGAUAUCCGUAAAUUAACGAGAAUUAGUAAUGAUAAAUUCUUAAAUGAAAUGAAUGAAAUCUCAAUGAGAAUUAAUACAACGAGGCAUUUGCCCUUUUUAAAUGGUUUAGCAAGUGCAGCAAUGUAUUACAAUUCACCAGAUAGAAGUAAUCUUGAUAUUCAAGAAACUUUAACGGUUUUCUGCGAAAAGUAUUUCCUUAUUUUGGAUUCAGCAGUUGCUGUAGAUAUUGAACAAAAACAGGAAUAUGGUAAAAUACUGAGUAGUAUAAUGAUACGUUUAGUAUUAAAUGAACUACAUAAAUCCGAUUAUUUUUGGAAUAUAUUACCAAUGACUGCAAAACUAUUAACUAAAUUGGAUGAAACUCAUUCUCCACAUCUGUACGCUCUCUUUAAAUUUGUUUAUAGUAACUUUGGACAAUGUAAAAUGUUUAUGGAUAGGUGCGAACUAAUUGAAAGAAUAUUCGAAUUUAACGUAUACGAUUCAUUCUGUUAUUGGGAACAACUUUGGGAGUUUAUUAGUACAUUAGAUAUAAGUAUGUUAAAUAACGAUGAAAGAUUUACUAUGGUUAAAUCGUAUUUUAGAACGUAUGAUAAAUUGGAGAGAAAUGGUCACAUGUGCUUAGAAAGAAGAGGAUCAAGAGCUUGUCACGAUAAAAUUGUUAAAUAUUUUAGAAAUUGGAUAAGUGAGUAUUUGGAUAUUACUAAAGAGGAUAAUACAGGCAGGAAUAUGCAAGUGCCGCUAGAGCCGAAUGCGGUGGGAUAUUUUAAAAUUAACGUUUUUUUGAAAGAAGCUGAUUGGGAGAAUUUAAAGCAUUUGGAUAUUUCGGGAUGGGAAGCUUCGGAAGAGAGUAUAAAACGGUUUUUGGAAAAACACAAGAAAUUGAAUUAUCUAGGCAUAUUCAAUGCUACUAAUCACAAAGUUCCAUAUCGUAAACUUAUGAAGAUGGAGAAUUUUGAUAAUUUAACGUUUGCUUCCAAUGAAAAGCAUAAAAGACUAAUUCAUAGUUCAUGUUAUACAGAAGAAUUUUUAAAUGAUAUUAUUGAAGUUCUUUUGAUAUUCUGUCAAAAGUAUAGAUAUCUAUUAGAUUGUCACGAGAGUAAGCAUAUCUAUAUUGCGCAUAGGAGCGUUAUUGAUAGACUUUUCGAAUUGAUAAAUGAAUUUGAUAUAACCGAUUCUCCAAGAUUUACGGAUUUGUUGAAAAUUCUACUACAAUUACUCCGUGGAUUUGGUCCUACUAUUACCGAUGGAGAGUUUAAACAUUUCUAUAAAUUUAUAUUGAAAUAUUACUCUUUCGCCAAAUAUUAUUUAAGCAAUAGACAACUAUUUCCAAUAGUAUUUGAAUCGUCGCUUUAUAUUGAUCGGGAUACUUAUAAGAAUCACAUAUGUAGAUUUAUAACAAACUUGGAUGUUAAAAAGCUGAAUAAGUCAGAUAGAUUCCUAUUGGCUAGAGAAUACUUUAUUGAAUUUACACCACAUCUUUCAGGUCUUGUUAAAAACCAUGAUAUAAUAUUUACUGAUAAGGAGAUAUUUAAGAAAUCUAGGCUUAUCAAUCGUUUAGCGGCUGAAAACCUUCUAACAGAACUCAGUGAAUUUCAUAACGGUAUACCUGAAAGACUACUGGAUUUUUUUGAUAGUGAAAUUUGCUAUUUGGUCGAUGUAAAGUUUAAUGGAAUAAAGAUAGAGUCGGAAAGAGCUUUAAAGUUUCUAGAAGGUCAUAAUAUAAGAUCAAUUACAGUGGAAUUAAUGAAAAACGUCGGCCUUGAAAAGUGGCUUCCUUACUUGAACACGAAAUACAUUCAAGAAUUGAAUCUAAAGAAAUGUCAUUUCUCGGAGAAUUCUGAUUUAGAGCAUCAAAUUCAGAAUAUGCAAUAUCUAACUUGCUUUAAACAAUUACUAAGACUGGAUGUAACUGGUACAAACAUUACAGAUAAUCAACUGAACUUCCUGUCACUUGAAUUACCGCAAAUUGAGGAACUAACGUUAACCGAUACAAGUAUUACAAAUUUAGAUUGUCUUAGAGAGUUCUACAAGUUGAAAGUCUUUGACAUUUCAUAUCCUAAAAGCUAUACUGUUGAUAUAACAUAUUUCUCUUUACUUAACAAGAGUUCUAUAGAAAAAUUGAAUAUUUCAAGAGUACACGUUGACAUACUUCCAUAUACGCGAGACGGUUUUUAUCCCUACAAUUGCGAUAAUGAAUUAGCAGACAAAAAGAUUGAUGACUUAUUACUUGCCGGCUAUUGGGAAAAAUUAACCCAUUUUGAUAUAUCCGGUUGGCAAGCAUCGAAGGAGAAUAUAAUAAACUUUAUAAAUAAACACAAACGAUUGAAGUUUUUCGGUAUGUUUGGAGGAAUAUAUUCUGAAUUUAGAGGCUGGAAUUUGGAAGGAGAAAGAACGAUGAAAGGAUUAACUAAAAUUUCGGGUAAUGCCUUUAGUACACUACUCAACGAAAUAUCUACGAGACAGGACAAAACGAGUUAUUUUCAAAAGUUCCUCUACGAUUCUGGUUAUAGAGUUAUAACUAGAAAUAUUAAUAAAUCAACAGAUAGCGAAGAGAUAAUGGAACUUCUCGAGAUAUUUACUAUAAAGAAAUUAAUUGAAAUAAUAUUUAAUUUGACAAGAUACUACGAUGAUAACAUCUAUAGAAAGGAAAUAUGCCAAUUUCUAUCUGGUUUACAAUUGGAAAUGGUUUGA